AUGGUAGUGCAUCGUGCUUCAAGGUUCCUAUUUGGUAUGCCACAGUCAGGUGCUGGCACAAAAAGCCUUUCUUAUCAUUUAAUGCUCGAAAAGGGUCUCAUCCAUCCUAAUGCCAAAGGAUUGUUUUCGAUUUUACCACUUGGUAAAUUCUUUUAUAUGUAUUUUUUUUUGCACGAAACGUUGUUCAUCGAUAAGCUGGUACGUUUAAUCGAGAAUGAACUGAAUAUGAUUGGUGCACUCAAAAUGAGUAUGCCGACAUUGGGUGCAAAGGAAUUAUGGACCAAAGUUGAUCGGUGGCAAAAACUCGGAUCUGAAAUGUUCCGUUUGGUCGAUCGAGAAGGAAAACAUUUUUGCUUACAACCAACCGCCGAAGAAAUGAUCACUCAAAUCAUCACACAGCGAGGUAUUCAUCGAAAGACGAUGUUUCCAUUCAUGAUAUAUCAAACAACACCGAAGUUUCGCGAUGAAAUGAAUCCAAGAUUUGGUUUACUUAGAAGCAGAGAAUUUUUAAUGAACGACCUAUAUACGUUUGAUAAAUGUCGAGAAGAUGCUCUCAAAACUUAUGAUCUCAUAUCGCGGGUGUAUCACCGGAUAUUAUGCGAUAAACUAGGAUUUAAUGUGUAUGUGGUACGGGCAGAUUCUGGUAAUAUCGGUGGUUCGAUAUCACAUGAGUAUCAUUUGCCGAGCGAUUCGGGUGAAGAUUCUAUCGCAUAUUGUGAAAGGUGUCGUGAAGGUGUGAAUUCGGAAUUAUUUCGACGUGGUGAAAAACCAUGUUCACAGUGUGAUGAGCUUUCGAUGAAGACGAUUUCUUUAGGACGGCUAAUCGCAGCUGCAAUUGAUGUGCUAUCACCAGACAAUAAGUCGUUGCGUUUACCAUCAAUGAUACAACCCUUUAAAAUGGUCGUUAUACCUCCAUCUGACUCGUCAUCACCUCAUAAUUAUCCUCAGUUAUCGUCAUAUGCAGAAUGUUUGGUUGAAGAACUCGAUUCAGUUCCAGCUUUGAACAAUGAAAUAUUAUUAGAUGAUCGAACGAAUUAUUCAGUCGGAAAACGGCUUCUUCUCGCAUCGCAACUCGGCAUAUCUCAUAUUGUCGUCGUGGGUGCGAAAUCGGCAAGUCUUUUCACAUAUCGUCCAUUGGUCGAGUAUUUUACUGUGGAGAGUUAUCAGUCUGAUCCUAUAGAUAUGGGAAUGAUUUCACAUGAGGAACUCUUCGAAAUAGUUCAGAACAUUUGA